AUGUUGGGGUUUGCUGAGGGCAUGUUCCUGGUUAUGGCUGUUACUGAAUUGAUUCUGGGACUUCUGGGGAAUGUUUUCAUUGGGUUGGUCAAUGGUAGCAGCUGGUUCAAGAACAAGAGAAUCUCUUUGUUUGACUUCAUCAUCACCAUCCUGGCCCUCUUGAGUAUUGUUCUGCUGUGGAUUCUCUUCACUGAUAGUCUUUUAUUAGUGUCCUCUUCCAAAGUACGUGAUUCAGAGAUUGUAAUGCAAAUUAUUGAUAUUUUCUGGACAUUUACAAACAGUCUGAACAUUUGGCUUGCCACCUGUCUCGGUGUCCUUUACUGCCUGAAAAUUGCCAGCUUCUCCCACUCUACAUUCCUCUGGCUCAAGUGGAGAGUUUCCAGGGUGGUUGUGUGGAUGAUGUUGGGUGCAUUGCUCUUAACCUGUGGUAGUACCAUGUCUCUGUUCAAUGAAUUUAAGAUCAAUUCUGCACUCAGAGGAAUUAAUGGAACAGGGAAUGUGACUGAACACUUCAGAAAGAAGAAAAAUGAAUAUUAUCUGAUGCAUGUUCUUGGGACUCUGUGGAACCUCCCUCCCUUAAUUGUGUCCCUGGCCUCCUACCUUCUACUCCUCCUCUCCCUGGGGAGGCACACGCGGCAGAUGCAGCAAAAUGGUACAAGCUCCAGAGAUCCAAGCACCGAGGCCCACAAGAGGGCCAUCAAAAUCAUCCUCUCCCUUUUCUUUCUCUUUGUAUUUUACUUUCUUGCCUUUUUACUUGCAUCAGCCAGUCAUUUCCUACCAAAUAAUAAGGUGACUGUAAUGAUUUGUGAAAUAAUUGUAAUGUUUUAUCCUGCUGCCCACUCAUUUAUUCUCAUUCUAGGGAACAAAAAGCUGAAGCAGACAUUUGUGGACAUGCUCCAGUGUGAGUCUGGUCAUCUGAAGCCAGGGUGCAGGGGACCUUUUUCCCCAUAG